AUGAAAUUUUUCAUUAUUUCUACGUUUGCAUUAUGUUUAUACAUACUACUUGAUAUCCUAUUAAACAAUCAAAUGUGGGAGGCUAACACUGUCCUUACAGUUUAUUUAUAGGACCACUAAUUUCCAGGAGAAAAAGAAAUAUUUCUGUUUUUUUCAUAUUCUCUGUUUGCAAUGCCAGCAAUAGCAUUAAUAGCAUUUUUGUUUUUCGACAAUAAAUUGGGUGCCUUGCUUUAUGCUUGUUUGAUUUAAGCCAUCUUUGCAGAGAAUUCAGUUCUCAAAAACAUAUACCAUCAAGCCAGACCAUAUUUUAUCGAAGAUGAAAUUCAACCCUAUGAGUGUAAUAAAGAAUUCGGGAAGCCUUCCGGUCAUGCAAUGUCAUCAUCAGCUAUGUGUUUUCUAGUCCCCUGUAUAAUAUUUCCUGUCAUUUUGAAGGAUCAAUCAAAUUACAAAUACCCAUAUUAUUUUAGAGUAAUUAUAAUGUUUAUAGUCACUGCUUGGACAUUUAUGACUGGACUCUCAAGAGUCUUCAUGGGCGUCCAUUCCUUCGGAUAAAUCCUACUCGGUUGGGUCUAUACAGCCUAUACCAUAAUAAUAUAUUUGCGUUAUUUUCACACUCCAAUUUCUAAUUACAUCAAGUAAUGCUUAUAGCCUGGAUCAUAAGGAGUGUCCAGUAAUGUGAUAAAAGGGGUGGGAUUAUUUGCUUUUGGAUGGACGUGCUUAUCAAUUUUACUCUUUGAAUUCAACAAUAAAGUUUUCCUAGACGAAAGUGAAGUGGAGGAAUGGUUGGAUGCUUUGUAUUAGAAGUGUGCAAACUAAACAACUCAUUAUAACAUUAACAGCCCAUAAGUUUUACAUAACAUUUGUUUCAGUUUAAGCUUGUAUAUUUGGUUUCCUUUCAGUUUCCUUUUGGGAAUCAAGUUAAGCAAAGGAAUUUACAAUGAAAAUCAGUUCAGUAUCAAUUACAAGAUGCUCAAUUUCUGGUAGAAGCUUAGCAGAGUAUUGAUCUUCCUGUUAUUGCUUUCAACUUUGGUUCCUAUAAUUUUAAUCUAAUAUUAAAAUACUUACGCAGAAGCAUUCGGAAAGGUAUUCAAUAUUUUGAUUAAAAAGAUCCUUCCAACUUCCAUUUUAAGUGGAUUGAUAAUCACUUACAUCUACUCAUAGAUUUUAAAUUACUUCAAACUUGCGAUCGAGGGAGAUUUUAUUUAAAUAUCGCCCUAGUUAGUUUCAACACCAGAAGGAUACAAGGCCAGCGAAUUAGGAUAGUUAAACUUUUGA